GGGCGGGGCGAUACGUCGGGAAGAUGGCGUUGUGUGUGCUGCGGAAAACGGUCCGCGGAGCGGCGGCGCUGCCCAGGCUGAAGGCAUCCACCGUGGCCAAUAUCUGCAGGCCUGGGUAUAGCUCCUUGUCCAGUCACAAGUAUAUCCCUCGAAGGGCAGUGCUGUAUGUGCCUGGGAAUGACGAGAAGAAAAUUAAGAAGAUUCCAUCCCUGAAAGUAGAUUGUGCGGUGCUGGACUGCGAGGAUGGAGUGGCCGAAAACAAGAAGGAUGAAGCUCGACUGAGAAUAGUAAGAACUCUUGAAGACUUUGACCUGGGCCCAACAGAAAAGUGUGUGAGAAUCAACUCAGUGUCCAGUGGUCUGGCUGAGGCUGACCUGGAGACCAUCCUGCAGGCCCGAGUUCUUCCCUCUAGUGUGAUGCUACCAAAGGUGGAAGGUCCUGAAGAAAUCCAGUGGUUUUCAGACAAAUUUUCAUUCCACUUAAAAGGCCGAAAACUUGAACAGCCAAUGAAUUUAAUCCCCUUUGUGGAGACUGCCAUGGGUUUGCUCAAUUUCAAGGCAGUGUGUGAAGAGACCCUGAAGGUUGGGCCUCAAGUGGGUCUGUUCCUAGAUGCAGUCGUUUUCGGAGGAGAAGAUUUCCGAGCCAGCAUAGGUGCAACAAGCAACAAGGACACCCAAGACAUCCUCUAUGCCCGGCAGAAGAUUGUCGUCAUAGCGAAGGCCUUUGGCCUACAAGCCAUAGAUCUUGUGUACAUUGACUUCCGAGAUGGAGAUGGGCUUCUCAAGCAGUCAAGAGAGGCCGCCGCUAUGGGCUUCACUGGUAAACAGGUGAUCCACCCUAACCAGAUUGCGGUGGUACAAGAACAGUUUACUCCAACCCUGGAAAAAAUUCAGUGGGCUGAAGAGCUGAUCGCCGCCUUCAAAGAGCACCAGCAACUGGGAAAGUUUGUAUUCUGUUUUCCAGGGAGCCUUUACUUUCCGAGGAAGUAUGAUCGACAUGCCAUUACUGAAGCAGGCCCACAACAUUGUUACGCUUGCCACAUCCAUCAAGGAAAAAUGAUCUGUUAAAUGAAGCCCUCCUCAGGCGGGCUGAAUGGAUACAGUGGGUCGCUUAAAGACAAACCACCGUACCCAGGGCAGCGAGCUAGCACACCCCAUCAAAUGAAACCUUGUUUCAUUUACAGUUCAUGUUAGUCACGACUCCCGCCCUCCUCCUGUGUCUUACUGACCAGUUAUUCUAACAAUAAAUUUUCUUCCUUUGGAAUCUAA